CCUUGGAGAGAAGGAGAGGACACCAGCAGUGAAGUGAAGCUUUAGUCUGGAUGUGGGAACCUCCAGAGUCAACAUCUGACACCAAGGACCUGAAGAAAAACAGCACAAAGACAACCUUGACUGACUCGCACACUCGCAGGGACGUGCAAACCUGCGUCAUUGGCUCGGAAAAGACCACAAACAUGUUCGAGGAGCAGGCGACCAAGGUCAAAAUCACAUCCGUGGUGAUCGUCGUCGGCAUGUCAGCAAUGCUGGCGGCGGUGGUGACUGACCACUGGGCUGUGCUCAGCCCCCGGGUGGAGAAGCUCAACGCCACCUGCGAGGCGGCCCACUUUGGCCUCUGGAGGCUCUGCAAGAAGAGCAUCUUCAUCGUGGAAGAGGACCCUCAGGGCAAAGGCUGCGGGCCAAUCAGCUUACCUGGAGCAAAAAACUGCUCCUACUUCAAACACUUUACGUCGGGGGAGGAAGCUGAAGUUUUUGAAGUCAAGACCCAGAAAGAGUACAAUAUCUCAGCAGCAGCCAUUGCCAUCUUCAGUCUGUUCUUCAUGAUCCUGGGCACCCUGUGUGUAAUCUUCUCCUUUGGGAAAGGGCGGGACUAUCUGCUCCGGCCUGCUGGGAUGUUUUUUGCCUUUGCAGGCCUUUGCAUCAUCAUCUCUGUCGAAGUAAUGCGCCAGUCUGUGAAGCGCAUGAUCGCCAGUGAUGAGACCAUCUGGAUUGAAUACUACUACUCCUGGUCAUUUACCUGCGCCUGUGCCUCCUUUACGCUGCUCAUCCUCAGUGGAGUCGCCCUGCUCCUCAUCUCCAUGCCUCACAUGCCACGUAACCCCUGGGAGACAUGCAUGGACGCUGAGCCUGACACCUUAGAUUAGCCACAGGUGAUGUAACAGCUAUAUCUUUUAAAAAAAAACAAAGAAAAAAAACACACACACUCUCACACACACAAACAACUGUAACUAUAACCAACUUUACUCUGAAAGGAGAUGUUUUCUCUUUCUGUUAUUAUUGCGAUCAAUUUUCCAAAGCAUUAAAAGAUUUUCUGCAUCAUUUCUCAUGAUCACAUCCAUUGGUUUCAUUCAGUGUUUAUACCAAAAUAUUAACACAAAAUAUCAACACGUUGUAGAACA